AUGCCAGGCAGUUCGCGAAUGCCAGUUAGUUUGCGCAAUUCCUUCGCCAUCAAGAAGGGCGGAUCUAGCAGCCAAUGGCUUGCACUGAACAUUGACUUGUGAGUAGUCCUGCUCCCCACUCCCUCUUCCAGCUCACCCAGAUUCUAACUGAAGCUCUCUCCAGAUUCCGCAACAUCAUUUUCUUCCUCUUCCUCCUACGAUGGACGAGAAAGAGUCUAUUAAAGCUGAAAGGACGAGGUCUCUUUGGCACCUUCGCAGACGCAUAUAUCUCCAUUCGACGAACCCUCUAUGGACUCUUUCUGCGCGCGCCGGGGGUGCGGUCGCAGGUGCAGAAGCAGGUCAGCGAAGCCAUCACGAAGCUGCAAGACAAGCUGGUUCCUACCGGUCCGGACGUGGUGCGUUACUUGACCUUACCGAAGGAAGGAUGGUCGGAUGAGACGGUCUUGAAGGAAUUGGAGGCUCUUGCCAACAUGGACCAUACCCGAUGGGAGGACGGAUACGUAUCUGGCGCCGUGUACCACGGAGGAGAUAAUCUCAUCAAGUUGCAAACGGAGGCCUUUGGGAAAUUUACCGUAGCAAACCCAAUCCAUCCGGAUGUCUUCCCGGGAGUGAGGAAGAUGGAGGCUGAAGUUGUCGCGAUGGUUUUAGCAAUGUUCAACGCGCCUGUGGGGGCUGCUGGAGCUUCUACAAGUGGUGGUACUGAAUCCAUCUUGAUGGCUUGCUUGAGUGCAAGAAACAAGGCAUAUGCGGAAAGGGGUGUCACGGAGCCAGAAAUGUAGGUUUGACGAAGCUGCGCCGCAUGUCUAAACUGACAAGUACGUAGGAUUCUCCCAGAAACUGGCCAUACCGCAUUCAGAAAGGCUGGGGAAUACUUUGGCAUCAAAAUCCAUCUCGUUGCUUGUCCAGCUCCAAGCUACCAAGUUCAUAUUCCUUCAGUAUCACGUCUCAUAAACAGCAACACCGUUCUUCUCGUCGGUUCAUCACCAAACUUUCCCCACGGAAUUAUUGAUGAUAUUUCGGCUCUUUCCAAGUUAGCACUCAAGAAGAAGAUUCCACUACAUGUUGACUGCUGUCUUGGUUCUUUCCUCGUUCCAUUCCUAGAAAAGGCUGGUUUCGAAACUGAGCUCUUUGAUUUCCGCUUAAAGGGAGUCACCAGUAUAAGCUGCGACACCCACAAGUACGGAUUUGCGCCAAAAGGAAACAGUACAGUUCUUUACCGUACUUCAGCAUUACGUCAAUACCAGUACUUUAUCUCUCCUGAUUGGUCCGGAGGAGUUUACGCUUCUCCUUCCAUCGCUGGAUCAAGACCAGGAGCUUUAAUUGCUGGAUGUUGGGCAAGUCUUAUGAGCGUUGGUGAAACUGGUUACAUUGAUUCAUGCAACCAAAUCGUAGGAGCUGCCAAAAAGAUCAGUGAAGCCAUCUCCACCAAUCCAGCUCUCUCCAACGACCUUGAGAUCCUAGGCAAACCCCUUGUCUCGGUUAUUGCAUUCACAUCCAAAACCCUCGAUAUUUAUGAUAUCGCAGACGCCAUGUCUGGUAAGGGAUGGCAUCUCAAUUCUCUCCAGGAUCCACCUGCUAUCCAUGUCGCUGUCACUUUGCCCAUAGUCAAAGUGUGGGAGAAGCUGAUAUCUGAUUUGGAAGCGGUGGUGGAGGGCGAGAAGGAGAAGGAACGUGUGAGGAUUGUGGAGGGCAAGGGAGCGAAGGGGAAGAGUUUGGGGGAUAGUGCUGCGCUUUAUGGGGUAGCGGGGAGCUUGCCUAAUAAGAGUGUGGUUGUUGAGUUGGCGAGUGGGUUCCUGGAUACAUUGUAUAAGGCUUAG